CCUACGCUUCUCCUUCUCCCUCUCUUUCCCUCAAUAUCCCACCCUUCAUCCUCUGCUCCUUCUCUCUCCUUCUCCGAGCUCCAACUUCGUGGCCAUUAAUGGCGUCCUCCGUUCUCAGCUGCAAUCUAGGGUUUCAAUCCCUCCCACUUCGUCGCCGCCUCUACCUCAAACCCCAUGUCUCCUCCUCCUUCUCCUCCUUCUCCUCCCGUAAUCGACUCCCUCCUUUCCGUCAACCUUCUGCAUCUCCUAAACCUCUUCUCCUCCAUCCCCGUCGUCUGAUCCCUUCGAUCCGUGCCUCCGCGGCCGCAUCCACCGGAGCUCCUUCUCCAUCUGCCCCUCCGGCACCGUGGCAAGGUGCUGCUUUGAAGCCACUUGCUGCGUCGAUCCUCACUGGUGUGCUCCUCUGGCUCAUCCCUGCCCCUUCCGGUGUCUCCUCCAAUGCAUGGCAUCUCCUCGCUAUCUUCCUCGCCACUAUCGUCGGCAUCAUCACGCAGCCGCUUCCUCUCGGCGCCGUAGCGCUUUUGGGUCUUGGUGCCUCAGUGCUGACCAAGACUCUCUCCUUCUCCGCCGCGUUCUCGGCGUUUGGAGAUCCUAUCCCGUGGCUCAUCGCUCUCGCCUUCUUCUUCGCCCGCGGAUUCAUCAAGACCGGCCUUGGCAACCGCGUCGCCUACCAGUUCGUCUCCCUCUUUGGCUCCUCCUCACUUGGCCUCGGCUACAGCCUGGUUUUCAGCGAGGCUCUCCUCGCCCCUGCUAUUCCCUCCGUCUCUGCCCGCGCUGGUGGGAUCUUCCUCCCGCUCGUCAAGUCUCUCUGCGUUGCUUGCGGCAGCAACGUGGGUGAUGGCACCGAGCACCGCCUUGGCUCCUGGCUCAUGCUUACCUGCUUCCAAACCUCAGUGAUCUCGUCCUCCAUGUUCCUCACUGCCAUGGCCGCCAACCCUUUGAGUGCGAACUUGACGUACAAUACUAUCAAGCAGACCAUUGGUUGGACGGACUGGGCCGUGGCGGCGAUCGUUCCGGGGAUUGUCUCGUUGAUUGUUGUGCCGUUGCUUUUGUACAUUAUUUAUCCUCCGAGCGUGAAGAGCAGCCCUGAUGCCCCAAAGCUUGCGAGGCAGAACUUGGAGAAGAUGGGUCCAAUGACAAAGAACGAGAUCAUUAUGGCAGUGACACUACUGCUGACGGUGGGUCUUUGGGUUUUUGGAGGUGUGCUGAAAAUUGAUGCUGUAAGUGCUGCCAUUCUUGGGCUAGCAGUUCUUCUAGUGACAGGGGUUGUCACAUGGAAGGAGUGUUUGUCAGAAGCAGUGGCAUGGGACACCCUUACCUGGUUUGCAGCACUUAUAGCAAUGGCUGGCUAUCUCAACAAAUAUGGCUUGAUCUCUUGGUUUAGUCAGACUGUAGUCAAGUUCGUAGGAGGUUUAGGUCUAUCAUGGCAGCUCUCAUUCGGCAUCCUAGUCCUACUCUACUUCUAUUCCCACUACUUCUUUGCCAGCGGGGCGGCACACAUCGGAGCCAUGUUCACAGCAUUCUUAUCAGUAGCCAGUGCUUUAGGCACACCACCUCUCUUCGCAGCAAUGGUCCUCUCAUUCCUCUCCAACCUGAUGGGAGGUCUCACCCACUACGGUAUCGGCUCUGCCCCGGUCUUCUACGGCGCAAACUAUGUUCCUUUGGCGAAGUGGUGGGGUUACGGAUUCGUCAUCUCCAUCGUCAACAUUCUCAUCUGGCUCGGUGUCGGAGGCUUCUGGUGGAAGACCAUUGGUUUGUGGUGAACCAUCUACUCCCCGUUCUACCGAUUUUUUGAUUGCCACAAUCUUGUGGCCAUCCCCCUUCUUCAACAUUUGUUCUUUAGGAAGACUGAAAAUUUAACUUCCCCAUUUUUAUCAUGUAAUUCAGAAUAAUUUUUUUGGUAAGUUUUGUGGGAGAGAAUGAGAAAAGAGUAUAGAGUUCUUCCUCAGUACUGCAACGUCUACCAAAAUAAACAAAAAUUUCUUUUUGGUUUGUUUGAUGUCACAUUUCUUUAUCUGA